AACACAGAUGUCAUAGAUCUGUGAUUUGAAUUUGAAAUUCAAACUGAAAAUCGGUAAAAACAGUAAAUACAAUCUUGUUUUGUUGUAUUUUCUUGUGUUUGAAAAGCAGAAAAUUUGACUUUAAAAUCAAAGAAAACUUACAUACUUUUUUGUUAUUCCAUCGUAAUUGUGACUGGAAUUGUUGACGAAAAUGUUGCCUAGCAGAUAUGUUUCCGGACAUCCUUCCUCUAUACGUAAAUCCAGGUUGGAGAACAAACCCUCUCAACUGCCAGUGCGGCGCCAGGGCUCCACAGAUCGAGUCUCAACUGACCGUCGUCCAUCAACAACUAGCGUCCGCUCCAGUAGUGCUGAACCUGCUCGGAGCACAUUUGGUGGACCUCGCUACAGUAAAGAUGCUUCCACAACUAAAAUGUCUACAAAUAAGAGGUCCCGCUCUCAGACAGGAGAGUACAAGUACGGAGCAGUUGCCUCCACCCCGGUGCGCAGCAGCCAUUACUCCAGAGCUACCACUACCCCAUUGAGGACUCCCGAGGACCGAAGUCGCCGCUGGGAGAACAGUCUGGAGCGGGCGCUGGCGUUCGUCACUGUCAAAGAUCAAAGGCCGAUAUCGAGCGCGGCGUGGCAGCGCGCGGAGUACGCGCGCGUGUGCGAGGCGCUGGGCGCGCGGCGCGCGGGCGGCGCGGCGCUCGUGCGCCCGCUCACCAUCGCGCGCUUCGUCGACAUCGUCGGCGAGCUGCUGGGCGCCGUCACCGGCGACUCGCGCCUCUCCACCGACAACUACGUCACCAAGCUGCCGCACCAAGCGAAGAAGCUGCUGUACCCCAGCCCCGUGUCCAAGUCCUGGCUGAAGACCGUCAACACGCUGCACGCGUUCCCGCAGGCGCUGGCGCUCAUCGCUUAUCUGCUGGACCUGGCCACGCAUUGCCAAAUGCCCGUGUCUGAUGAGUGGCUGUUCAUUGCCAAGGACCAGGUGUCUCAGCUCAAAAGGGAAUAUCUCAACAAGUGCUGGUUACGAUUCCAGGAGCCGGGCGGCGCUCAGCUGGAUGACGUGGACCAGGAGUACCUCGCCAACCUGAAGGCGGUGCUGGGGGACGACGAGGGCUUGAUACAGCAGCUGGAGCAGGAAAUUAAGGAGUACGAGCUGCGGCUGCAGGACGAGGAGGAGCUGGCGGCGCGCGCGGACGAGGCGCGGCGCGUGGAGCGGCGCGACGCGCUCGCGGCCGACGUGCGCACCGUGCGCGCCGAGCGCCGCCGCGCGCAGACCGACGUGCUGGCGCUGCGGGCCGUGCGCCACGACCGCGCCGACGCGCUGCGCCAGCUCGACACGGAGAUAGAGCGCAGCAGCGCAGAGAACGACGCGCUGCGCGUGCAGCUGCAGCAGCAGACGCUGUCGGUGGAGGAGCGCACGCGGCUGCUGGACGAGGUGGACUACGCCACCAGGGUGCACGACUCCAAGCGCGCGCUGGCCGACCAGAUCGCCAAGAUGCUGCUGGGCAAGGAGACGGAGCUGGCGCAGUGGCAGAAGCGCACGCUGGACAGCUGCGUGCAGUACAAGCAGAGCCUCAUCACGCUCGGCGCGCAGCUGCCGGCGCUGGCCUCGCUCGCCAUCGACGAGAAGGAGCUGAUGGGCGCCGAGUGCGCGGCGUACAUGGCCACGGCGGUGGAGACGCUGCGCGAGGAGGGCGCGCGCCUCUCCGCACGGAAGGCGGAGCUCAUGCGUACCCGCAGCGCGCUCUGCAGGAGGCGCGCCGCCGCCAUGGAGGAGACCCGUUCGAAGAUUGCUGAUGUCAAGGCGAACAUCCAGCGCGAGCAGCAUUCGCUGCAGCAGGAGCUGACCCAGGAGGCAGCGGACGCGGCCGCCUGGAGCCGCGAGCAGCUGGACAUCGCUGCGCAGCUGGAGCGACUGCGCGCGCAGCAGCUGCAGUACGCGCGCGUGCACGCCGAGCUGCAGCACUGGCAGGCGGAGGACGCCGCAUGGCGCGCCAAGCUGGGCAAGCUGCGCGAGUACGUGGAGCAACAACAACAGGUGGCGCAGCAGAAGGUGCAGGCGGCGCGCGCGCGCACCGGCGCCGCACUGCGCGACGUGCUGGCGCAGUGGAACGAGCGCCUCGAGCGGGCGAGCGACAACUGAACGUUCACUCGCUCACAGUUCACUCAUACCCAUUCAGUGUACCCUUUGACUAUUUAGACUAGGGCUCAGACCAAUUAUACAUACAUAUACAGAAGGACCUGUAUCGCACUCACAGUCAAGCACAAAAUUGUCUGUCAUUUUCUGAAGAAAACGAGCUCAGAUUUGGUAUAUAUCUUAUACUAAACUAGAAGUUUUUGCACACGAAAAGGUAUUUUUACGGAGCUCUUUAACCGACGAACACGAUUUCAACUAUUUAACAUCGAUUCUAUAAAGACAGUUUUUAAAAUCGCAUUAGAUCGUUGAUCAUAUACUUUGACAGAAAAGUAACGUCUAGCGAGGCAGGUCCUAUACAAUAAUUGAUCUGAGGACUAUGGCCUAUAAGCUUCCUUCAAAUACAAUUUAACAGUUUAUGCCAAUUUUGUCUUUUAAUUUCACCUCUAUGAAUCACGGAGAAAGUAAAAACAUUGUGAACGAUAAUACUAAUCAUUUAAUGUGUUUUUUUUUCUGGUUUCUGUUUUACGAACUGGUAGUAAAAUUAUUAAAUUAUGAUUUCUCGUUUUGAAACGUUGUAAACUAAACCUACUUGACGUGAUAUUUUUUUUUAAUUUGUAUUUCCUAAAUAAUCUGUAUGUAAGAUUAAUAGUUAAAUGAAAUAUAAACAAUUUCCAUCCAUACUUAUAUUAGAAAUGCAAAGUAAGCAUAUCUAUUUGUCUCUUGCCUUUUGAAUUUUAAUGAAAUUUGGUUUACAGAUUUUUUUAAAUAAUAUUAUAAAUAGUCUGCGUUAUAUUUUGAUUUUUAUGUGGCAGUUUUUUUAAUUCGCGUCGUAGCAGAUUCCUUAUAUCAUUCCCAUAUUCGUAAUAAUCAUUCUUAACGAAGUUUAGUUUCUUAGACAAUAUACACUGUAACGUAUGUUGUAGGCAUAUCUUCGUAGAGUAGGCCAAACAUGACAUUGUAAUGUAUAAUUUGUAUUUAAACGCUUUUUUAACGUCCGUUAAAAAAAACUUGUGCGAAUGAGGGCUAAGUAACUGAUUAGAGUUUAAAAAUGUCAUUACUUAACUGUUUAUCUAGCAACCCCACAGUUGCAAUGUGAAAGCAUCUUUACUUUUUCAAUUCUUUUGGGUAUAUUCUAAUAAAUAGUGUUGGUCAUUUAGUAUUGUGAAGAUCAUGUUAUAGAAACUAGACUAUAAUGUUGGUAAUUCAUAAACCAAAGUGCCUCAUAAAUUAAUAAUAUUGUAAAUGUUUAGAUUGUAUCUGUUAUUACUAUAAUAAAAUAUUGAUUUUUUUUGUAAAA